AUCAGAUGAUCAAGAGAGUGAAGAGAAUGACAAGGAAUAUGAUAACCAUUAUCAAGAUGAUGAUGAGGAUAAGGGUAUAACCACACAUUGUCAAUAUAAGUUGGCUCACUUGUUGAGAGGGUGGUUCUCAUACCGCAGAAUGGCCAGCUCAGAGACGAGAUUUGAACAGAAGAGUAUUCCAUCAAGAGUCACCUAUGGUUUCUUAGGAAGUUUUAAAAAUGUUGUACGGCUUUAUAGCAAUAAAUAUGAUUCUCAAAGGGAGACUUGGAAAGCAGUGUAA